AUGACACUUUUGUUUACAUUACUACUAGUAUCUAUAUUUAAAAACGUAUUACCGACGAUUGAUCUCAAUACAGCCGAACUACAAUAUCUUGCUGAUCAUCUAACAAAAGAAGAAUGCAGAAAGCUCAUAGCAGCUGCCCAUUUUCACAGCUACGAGGAACCAGCAGUUUUGGGACAAGCUGAAAGAAAAGUGCCUAAAGAUCUAACUUGCAUCCAGUUACUUCAUCAUUGGAAUUCUGAACCCAACGAAGGAAAGGGGGAGACUCAUGAAGUUUUGGAGCACAGGUUAAGGCAAAUGGGCAAAUACAAACUAGCAGAUUGGUUGGGAAGAACUGUUUUUCAUGAACUAGCUGUGGAUUUAAAUAGAACAAUGGAAAAAGGGUUCAAGGCGUUGAUAUCAGACAACUAUACUACUGAAAAUGAUUUUGGGCCUACUCUCAUACCGGUAAUCAAGAAUCAAGAUCCGUCAGAAUAUUCUUUUAUUGAUAACUUAUUAUUAGCUAUUAUUAUUGGUUUACUUGUUACUACCGUAGGAUUAUUGUUUAAGGUUAUUUUUGAUAAGUUAAGACAAAGAAAAGGGAAGAAGAAAACUGUUCAAGAAUAUGAUAUUGUUGAAGAUUUCACUGGAUCCUCCGAAUCUGAGGACAAAUUUGAUUUAAGAGAUUAUACUCAACAGAACAUCUCUGAUACUGAAUCAGUUGAUACUAUAACAUAAUAAUAAAUU